AUGACCGAAACAUUUAAGGGGUCUCCAGCUCUAGAUAAUAACUGGCCAAAUCACCAAGGGUUUGAUACUUCAUACGAAGAAAGAACCCCUAUAGAGCUAAAGGUAUCUGGGGAAAUUCCACCAUGGGCUUCUGGCACCCUAUACCGCACGGGAAUCGGCCAGCGAGAGAUUGAAACAGUGAAAGGGGUGUUCCAAGUACGCCACUGGUUCGACGGCCUAGCGGUUGUGCAUAGAUUCCAGAUUCUGCCUCCUGACGAAGAGCACCCCGAAGUUCGAGUCAUCUACAACUCACGUAGUACCUGCGAUGGUCUUAUCGAGAAGAUCAAAAAGACUGGUGAGCGGGAUACAAUGACUUUUGCAAAGAAAUAUGACCCUUGCCAGAGCUAUUUCAAGAAGGUCAUGUCCGUCUUUCAACCGGAUCGAAAUCGUCUACCAAACGAGUAUUCCAUGUCAAUCACCAUGUCCGUCGACUUUCCUGGGUUGGAGACAGGUAGAAACAAAGGAAAAACUAGUAAUAGACAUGCUUCGGGUAUACAGGGACUUGUUAACAAGACAGACUCGGCCUUCUUCCAGAUGCUAGACCCAGAAACUCUUGAGCCAUUAGGGGUCGCAAAUCAACAGAUCCUUCACCCCGAUCUCAAAGGCCCUAUGUCUGGAGCUCACGCGAAAUCUGACCCGCUGACUGGAGAUGUAUACAACUUCAAUCUUGAGUUUGGAGUUACUCCGACAUAUCGUGUCUUCAGCGUUUCUCGAUCAACAGGCAAGACAUCUAUCCUAGCGACCAUAACGAAUGCCAAUACUGCAUAUAUUCACUCAAUCUUCCUGACUGAGAACUAUGUGAUCCUCUGUGUAUGGAAUUCAUUCUUCGUUGCAAACGGCCUAAAGAUUCUAUGGACCAGAAAUAUUCUCGAUGCCAUUGGAGAAUACGACCCGUCUCGCCCUGCAAAAUGGUAUGUCAUCGACAGGAGGACACCCGGAGAUGGUGGCCGAGGGUUGGUAGCUACCUACGAGAGUGGCCCAUUCUUCUGCUUCCAUAGCGUCAAUGCAUACGAAACACCUUCUCAGACUGGGCGCGGAACCGACAUUGUAGCCGACUUGGUCGCAUAUGAUAACCUCAACUGCUUGAAAUGUUUCUAUCUCGAUAACUUAAGGUCCAAUUCGCCAAAUGCAGGAAAAAUCAAGACAGAAAAUGAUUAUAAGGCCGUUCUCCUGAGGUACCGGCUACCGACUAUACCCCUUGAAUCGCAUCAGGCCUCUGAACCAUCGCCUAGAAAGGCUAUUCUCGAGUUCAAAUCCGAGCCGAUCCAGGCGCCUGAGUUGCCGACCAUAAACCCCAGGUGUAUCUCUCGACCGCACAGGUACAUAUACGGGGUGAAUUCUACCGGGAAAUCCACCUUCUUUGACGGCUUAGUGAAGAUGGAUAUCAAGACACAUGAAACCAAGUACUGGUCACACCACGGACAAAAUGCAGGAGAACCCAUCUUCGUUCCGCGUAGCAAGGCCAACCCAACAGAUGCCUCUAAUGAUGGCGAUGAUGAGGAUGAGGACGACGGCGUUCUCUUAUCUGUUGUUCUUGACGGGCUCUCGGGAAAGUCAUAUUUGCUUGUGUUAGAUGCAAAGACAAUGACUGAAACUGGGAGAGCAGAGGUCAACGGGGCUAUUGGGUUUGGGUUCCAUGGAAUACAUGUGCGUUCAAACGAGAAGGGAAUUGAUCUUUAG